GCAGAAACCCCGCAGUCUCAUAUUAGAAGAUUUCCUUAUAAUAGGAGACUUUCCUGUACGUCAUACUAUUUCAGUUUCGCCAAGGAUGUCACUGAAAUUGUCGAACGGGCGAUACGGAUAGGCUUCGCGCAAGGUUAUUUAUUUAUUAUCACUUGACUUCAGUCUAUGUGUAUCGCCCGUCCAACACAAUUGCCGUUGUAUUUAAUCUAACUGUGAUAUCUCAAUUUUAAUGACAUCCUCUUACGCUAUAUUUGCGGAACUGCUGUGCAUUUUAUAUUCCGGGCCACAUUUUCUUGUUUCGUACCGGCUGGUGAGUGCAAUUAGCAAAUCUUGAUAAUUUGCAACGUGACCUUUGAUCGUUUUGUCAAAAUGUCGGUUCUUCCCUGCUCUUGGACGGAGAAAUCUAGAACCGGUUGGCCGAACUGAAAUAGCAGAUGUAUUACUGAAAGUUUCAUUGUGCUGACGCAAAAUAGGUCAGAACGUCUACAUUUUAGAUUAUUAAGUAUAUGAUUGAUGAUGAAACUCACGCAGCAGUAACUCCGUUUUUUUUUAUUCUCAUUGUCCGUGCGCUUUUUUUUGUUUAUAAUUUUGAGGAUCAAUUAAUUAAUUUCAUUAAACAUAUAAUUAAACUCUUGAGAUUUUGCGCGUAAGUUUUCCUAAAAAUUUUAAUUAUUUUUCAGCAUAUAAAUUACUUGACAUACAUAAUGUCAUCAGAAAAUAUCAAUUGAACAAAACGAUUGAAAAUCUUUCCAAUAAAAUGAACUCUUCGAGAACAAUUUUAAUAAAUGUUUUUGUGAUAAAACGUAGGCAAAAUCGCCAAAAAAGAAGCCAUCUGCACAAAUUCUUUUAAAAUCGUUAUUCGUUUAGAAGAUAUUUUAUGUAUCAUAUUAAUUAUUUUUUCAAAGUCUUAUCAUAGUUUUAUCAAUCUCGCGUCCGUCAGAAAAUCCGCGACUAAAGAGUUACAGAGAAAAAUGCUUUUCGUACGUCCCUCGUGUCAGAGAGAGAGAGAGAAAGGGAGAAAAUUUACUCUAUAGAGUCAUCUGACCUUCAAUGGCUUUUACGUGACAUUUUUGGCGGAAGUUGUCUCACUCGAAUUCCCUCGGAGAAUUUGAGAGAGAUGACUUACUUUAUAAAUGUGGAACUUCUUUUGUACUACUAACAUUUAAUAAAUCACAGUUUAUCAAAGCCGUAAAAAUUUCACGAGGGGGAUAAAAAUAAUAGCUUGUACACAAGUGAAUAAAUAUUUCUCUCGGUUCGCUAUGAAACGCGAGUGAAAAUUCCGCAAAAGAAAAAAAAAGAAGAAGUGAAAAGUGCUUCGGCUGUGUCUGAGGUUCGGACAAUGAACAAACUGUACCGACGACGAAACGAGAGCAUCAAUGGCGUCGAGACGCGAACAGCAGAAAUUGGAAAAAUUGUCUUCGGAAACACUUCGGGUCGGCGUAAGGACCUCGCACGUACGUGUUAUCGAUCGUGACUGGAGGUAUUAAUCCCGAAGACUCCAUCGAGGCUCGUCAUGCUGGUCCCGGAGGGCAAUUUGACAUCUUGGGCCAGUAACUGGACAACGCUGCUGCACCAGGUGUCAUGCAACGAUACUCUUUUGGGCUGCGCCGAAGAGUGCAACAUCGUUUCCGAAUUCGACCACCUUUGCACGGCGAUCGAGAGAGGAACAUUCACCACUUCCUCGAUGACGCUUUUCUGUACUCCUUGCGAUUAUGCGAGUUGCAACGUCAACGUGUCCUUGCUCCUCAACGGUCUCGAGAGCAUUGAAGGUGUCUUUUUGUCCAGGAUACCGAUAAGGAAUUGCAAUGUCACGUCCAUCGAGGAAGAAAUUUUCGAGUGCUCGCCGGCCGGCAGUAUCGCCGAGGACCUGGCCGUGUCCUGCUCGCACCGGUCCAGGAUCGGUGGCGUGGGAACGAAGACACGCCGCUUCGACUGGAGCUUCCUGUUCGUGGCGGUGUUCAUAGUCGCCGGCGGACUGGGAAACAUAUUGGUUUGUCUCGCAGUAGGCCUGGACAGAAAGCUUCACAAUGUGACGAACUAUUUCCUGCUGUCACUGGCCGUGGCCGAUCUCCUCGUCAGCCUCUUCGUCAUGCCUCUAGGUGCCAUACCUGGUUUUCUGGGGUAUUGGCCGUUCGGCGUGGUAUGGUGCAACGUAUACGUGACAUGCGACGUGCUCGCGUGCUCGGCGAGUAUAAUGCACAUGUGCUUCAUCUCCCUGGGCCGUUACCUGGGUAUCCGUAAUCCGCUCAGGACACGUCACACAUCCACGAAACGAAUGGUGGGCUUCAAGAUCGCCGCGGUCUGGCUACUAGCCAUGCUGGUCUCGAGCUCCAUCACGGUGUUAGGCGUAAUUAAUCCCUCGAACAUCAUGCCGCGGCCAGGGAUAUGCGUCAUCAAUAACCGGGCGUUCUUCGUGUUCGGCUCCCUGAUUGCCUUCUACAUUCCCAUGAUCGUCAUGGUGGCGACGUACGUCCUGACGGUGCAGCUGCUGCGCAAGAAGGCCCGAUUCGCGGCCGAGAAUCCGGAGGGCGAUCAGUUUCGUCGGCUGGGCGGCAGAUACGCGUCCACAAAAACGACAUCAUCGACAGCCUCGUCGUCUAACGCGGCAGCCGCGGCCAUCGCCGUGAGAUCGUCGGCAUCCACGGCAAGACAGAUUCGCGCCUCCGGCUGCAGCGCGGAAAUGGACAGCGACAAAUGCGGAGGCGUGAGAAAGGUCCUGCCGCAUUUGAAGUUAGCAGCGAACGGCGCCGGGAGUCCCGCCGCAGGAUCUCGGCUCAAGUCGAAAGUGGAUCAGGCGACCCAAACGCCGGAGAACAUCGCACGCGAGACACGGAAUUUCACCCUCAGGGCCCUGAAGCUUCAAUUGAACGUCACGCCAACCACGCUGAACCUCAGGUUUCUGGCGGGUCGCACGAAAAAGAGAUCCCUAUCCGCGAACGCGGUCGCGACCGAGCAGAAGGCCAGCAAGGUCCUGGGACUGGUGUUCUUCACGUUCGUGUUGUGCUGGGCGCCGUUCUUCCUGCUUAACAUCUUCUUCGCCGCGUGUCCCCGGUGUCCCGUGCCGAGACACGUGGUGGACACGUUCCUCUGGCUGGGCUACGUGUCCUCGACAAUCAAUCCGAUCAUCUACACCAUCUUCAACCGCACCUUUCGAGCCGCGUUCAUUCGCUUGCUGAAGUGCAAGUGUUCGAGGUCUACGAGGCCCUCGAGAUAUCGCUCGGUCACGGGAAGCGGAAGGGGGGCGGUGGGCCUGUGCACGUCGGGUGCCCUUCCACUGGCCAUCAGUCUUCAAGGUACCCCCUUGCUAACGCCAACGCCGAAUCCUGCAACGACGCCGGCGUCGGGAAGCUCGUUUGUCACGAUGAUGCACCGAACACCGAGCUCCCUGUACCAGGACACCUUCUUGAUUCACGAACGCGAUCGGGACGGUCAUUAAAUCUUCAUCGAUAACACGUGAGAUCGCGCUGCACAACGCGAUUUUUGCUCCUCCACGAAAGCAGGCGGUCUUAAUUGAAAAAUCAAUGUACAUAGAAUGUAAAUAAAGUUUGUUCUGUAAGAUAACUGCGACAUCGUUCGUUACUCGGAAACUAUUCGCGAUAUUUCGGCUCGCAGAUACUAAUUUCGCUUUCUUAAGUCGACUAUCUAAUUAAUUAAAUUUUCUGAUUAAGAUCAACCAGCAAGUUAGAAGGGAACUUUAAGUUUGUUGUGCAGCGUUAUCGAUAUCAGGAAGAUCCACAUGAAAUAAUUUUCCGUUGGCGAAUUCUCAAAGUUGCUUAAUGACUAUCUGUUGUAGAAAUCGAAUUUAGGUGUACAUGUAUGAUACCAAAUAAAAUAAUACUACUAUUUUAGCGCGAGCUCCAUCAUUUUCUUUCCGCAAAUCGAAAUUCUGAAUCUUUUAAAUUUGGUACAAGGUAUGUAGCAGAAAUCACGAACUUCUUUUUACGUGUAGAUAAAUGUGUCUUCGCAAUACAUCAAGCUCAUGUUCGUGGCUUUGCUGAGCCAAAACGUGCGGGGGAUAAAGUGAUACUUUUUUCUGAGCAAUGAGAGUAUAACGUGGUUACUGUUGCGUUUCAUUGACUACAUUUAUGACAUUUACGGAAACAAAUUGUAAUCUUUCAUAUCCCACCUAUUAUUUCUAUGUUUAUGUUAGCGAGAGUUUAAUUUAUGCAAUUUUUAUUAUAUAUUUUUCUAUUGAAAAGAAUAAAUUGUAACAAGUAGCGAUGAAAUCGAGCCCGUAUUGCCGCAAAAUUUAAUAUUAGGAUGUACUUUACAUUUAGGGAGAUAUAUUUUUAUUAGAAAAAAUACGGAUCUAUUUCGCAUGUCGUGUGUAAAAAUACGUCUCAUAAGAUUUGCUAAAGUGGCAUUUUUAAAUGAUACGUUAAGUAAUUAAAAAGAUAUGUAAUGUACACUACGUACAGUAUUGGAGCUGCCAUCUAAUAAAAUUUCUCGGAGACA